AAUUCCCACUGCUAACCACGAAAACACAGGAUCCACCACAUUUACCUGACUCUACCUGCCGGCCGUUGAUUUGGAAGCCGCAUAUCCCUUAUUUUUUUUGUGCAUUUAACUUAAUCUAUAGUUCUGUCUGUCGAACUGGUCUGUGGUUGGCUUUAAUGUGUACAACGAUAUCAACGACUUAUGCAAUUUUCGGCUGUCUGAGCUACAAGUCUUCCCGAUGUAACGCUCUUGCGGACGGAAGACCUUCAGAAAGCCGAUGAGAUGAAGAACCUUCCAUAGCCAGAACCUUGGGCUACAAUCUCAACCUUCAACCACACGGGAGAGGUCUUCAACUGUGACGGAGAGGACAGCGGCGGCAGCAGUGGUGUUGGUGGUUCCAUGGUCUUUAAUGAUCCAGGGAACACCAUGCGCCAUACCUCGCGAGAACUCGCCGUGGACCCCUAGACUCUCAAAUCUCCCUCCGGUGAGAACCCGUUCCAUUGUCUCCCCUUGAACAACAACGACAACGACCCCCUCCCCGUCCUCCGCGGUUGCCCCUCGCCGAGGUGAUGAAGGACGUGACGGAGUGGUUGGAGCAGGACGUGUUGCGGUGGCUGUGCGAGGAGGGCAUGCAGGAAUACUGCGAUGCCCUGGGAGGCGCAGACGGCACCGCCCUCCUACGGCUCACCGAGGCCGACUUCCGGUCGCCGCCGCUGAAGCUGGUGUCGUCCGACGGCGGGCGGCAGCUGCUGGAGCGACUGGAGACGCUGCGGAUUGCGGCGCACAUCGCCGCAGCGCACCGGAACGGCCACCUGCCCAACGGGCACGCCAACGGACACUUGCCCAACGGCGUGUGGAAGGCUGAGGCGAACGGCGCGCCGCCGCCGCCGCCGCCACGGCUCAACGGCGUGCGGCACGAGAUGGUGCACAUCCCCAUCCCCAACGCGAGCGCCUCCAGCGGCCCCGUCACCACCUCCUCCUCCUCGCGCUCCCACUUCCCGUCCGAGUGGGGCAAGACGGCGGUGGCCUUCCUGUACGCGGUGGUCUGCUUCGUGACCACCACCGUGGUCAUCUCGCUGGUGCACGAGCGCGUUCCCACCAAGGAGCACACGCCCCCGCUCCCGGACAAGUUCUUCGACCUGUUCGACCGCGUGGAGUGGGCCUUCUCCAUCUGCGAGAUUAACGGCAUGCUGCUAGUGGGGCUGUGGAUCGUACAGUGGACCUUCCUCAAGUACAGGUCUAUCAUUGGCCGACGGUUCUUCUUCAUUGUCGGGACGCUGUACUUGUACCGCUGUGUCACCAUGUAUAUAACCACCCUGCCUGUUCCUGGCAUGCACUUCAAGUGCUCUCCAAAGCUCAUGGGGAACUGGGAGGUCCAGAUGAGGAGGAUAAUGAAGAUGAUCGCAGGCGGCGGGCUGUCCAUCACAGGAUCCCACACCAUGUGUGGUGAUUACCUGUACAGCGGGCACACAGUCAUGCUGACGCUAACAUAUCUCUUCAUUAAAGAGUAUUCUCCGAAGAGACUCUGGUGGUACCACUGGAUAUGCUGGACCCUGAGUGCUGUUGGUAUCUUCUGCAUCCUGCUGGCCCACGACCACUACACUGUGGAUGUGGUGGUGGCAUACUUUAUCACAACCCGCCUCUUCUGGUGGUACCACACUCUGGCCAACCAGCAGUCCCUUAAAGAGACGUCCCAGAGCAACCCUUUCUCUCGGGUGUGGUGGUACAGACUUUUCCAGUACUUUGAAGAGAAUGUGAACGGCAUAGUCCCUCGGAACUACCAGCUGCCGUUGUCAUGGAGACUGUCCCAUUGGAACCGGAACGUACAAUACAGCAAACUGGAAGUCCACUGAC